UGAACACGUGCUUAAUAGGAAUGCAUAACUAUUUUUUAUUUAUUUUUUUUUGGCUGAAACAAUGCACUUCUUCCUUGAGUCGUUCGUAUGAUUAAGAAAAGAAUGAAAAGAGAAGUCAAAUAAUCCAGCUUUCCUUCCUUUAUUAGAUGGUCCGAUCUUAGAGACCUAACACCCCACGGCUCAUGUACCUUGUAUAACGUCACCACACCUUUGCCCUCAGUGCAGGUUCGUGUCUUCUGAUUCUUUUGGCGCCAAUCUUCAACUCUGAAACCCCCUUUUCACAAGUCUCCCUGCACCUUCUUCUCUAUUCUUCUUGGGUGUUUUUUUUCCUUUCAUCUCCUCAUGGCCACUUAUGGUGGUGCUGCUGCGUAUAGGUCCAGGGAGGGUCUUAGCACGAGACCAGGUGCUAGUUCGGAUGAAAUCCAAUUGCGGAUUGAUCCGAUGCAUGGUGAUUUGGAUGAUGAGAUCACGGGUCUUCGUAGCCAAGUCCAUAGAUUAAGAAAUGUAGCGCAAGAGAUUGGGACAGAAGCAAAAUUCCAAAAUGAUUUUCUAAAUCAGCUGCAAAUGACACUGAUCAAAGCUCAAGCAGGGGUGAAAAACAACGUAAGGAGAUUGAACAAGAGCAUCAUUCAAAAUGGAGCAAACAAUGUUGUCCACGUUGUUCUUUUUGCACUAUUUUGUUUCUUUUUAGUUUAUCUUUGGUCCAAAAUGUCCAGAAAAUGAAAAUCCUCAACUCCUCGUACCACCUCAUUGUAAUACCAAAAUAUAUUUGUUGAAUUGGAAAAGUAUAUACUGUAUAAUAUAAAUCCUUCUCCAUGAUCUUUACUAGUUUGAGAGAUGAACAUCUUUGCUUGAAGUUUUUCUAUGAUACUAUGAUUGAAGUAUUGAACAUCA